UUAAGUCUGAAAUGUUACUAUAUUUACUUUGCAAUCCGGAAGUACAUUAUCUAGGGGGAAAUACCCCCUCACUAUUUGGAUAAUUGGAAAAACAGAAAUGUAGGACAGUGUGAAAUUUAGGUAAAUUAAGUCAGCAAAAAGAACAGGUCAUAAUGUCGUCUGCUCAAGUGCACGUGCUGACCUUCCUAUCAAAGACUCACCUUGAGAAAGGUCGUUAUGCUGUAAGUGUUGAAGUUACGCAGAAAAAGAAAUCCGAAAGUGUGAAAAAGAAAAGAAAAUCAGAGGAACAGGGAUACAUGGAACUAGAAUGUGUGGUUGGUAGCUGUUCUCCAGAAUUUGAACUGCCUUUAAAGAAUAAGAAGUGUGACAUCCAGUUUACAGUUUUCGGUGCUCUAAAACCACAGUCCGAACUAGAAAAGGGAGAAGACAUCAUCGAAUACAACGAGUCGCUGGGUGAAUGCAGACGACUACUCACGCUGGUUCCCACGUACGACGAGGCUGCUGAUGGAAAUGCCACUAUAAAGUUCAAGGUCGAUGGUAAAGUGAAACACACAGUCACCAUACACGACGUGCCGGCUACCAGGAGUUUAAGCACUAGCACGUCAAGCAGUUCUAGCUCGUUUGUAGAUGUUAGGGGUGCGGAAAGGCAAACAAGUGUGAGAAGUAACGCCAGCUCGAGUUUUAGGAGUAAUGCAAGCUCGCAGUCUUUUAGCAGUAUGGAACAGAGCUUGCCGGGCGCAAACGACACCAUAAAUGAAGGAUCUGCAAGGGAACAUUAUGCCUCGGCAUCUGGUGAAGGCCAUUGGAAGGACGAUAAUCCGGAAGCAGUACCCAUGCCACCAAGGUCACUCGAUCAAAGAAUUGGUGACAUAGCGAUUAGGGAUCGUGGACCGGAUGUAGUUCCUGCGAACGACCCUGACCCCAAUGAAACAGCAUACGACAAGUUGCUAUGCAACGAGUCAUUGAGUACAUUAUCCUGGGCUCUAUCCCCGGCCGAUGCAAACAGAUUACUUAUCGGACUGGGCGUUCCCAAUCAGGUUCAUGCACAUAACCAGAAGAAUCACGCUGGGGACGUCGUGUCAGGGAACUACGAAUCAUUCCGUUACUGGAGAAGUCAGAAAAAGUCCAGACGACAGCAACACGAAGCCAGUAAUCAGCAAAUGUAUGAGGAUCUAAUUUUGGAACUUGAUGACAUUGGCAGAAAAGACCUUAAAAUUGUUGUGAAAAGAGCACUCGAGGAGAACAAAAAACUGGAAAAGAAUGAUUUCAAACAUCUUUGAUGUGUUAAUUCUUCCUGACUGACCUGCUGACGAGCGGCGACUACUGAAUUAGCGUUGUACGUCUUAAAAGUCUUAUUUCUCAGAUAUUGUUGCCGCAUUUUUAUUGUGGAUAUGUAUUUACUGCAAUGCUUGAAUAGUUUGUUCACGUUCUUUUCAGGUAUUAUUUUAUUAUAUCUACAUAAAUUCUGUCAAAAAUACGGCGUGUAUUUCACAAGUAAAUAUGAAAAGGAAGAAAAAAAUCCGUAUUGUACCUUUUGUAUUGUAUGUUGCCGGACUACUUUCGUUUGAUAUGCAUGACGUGACACAGUACAUAAAACUUCACAUAGUAACAAAACAACAAACAAAAUGGUGGAGGUACAUAAUAAAAGGAUCAUUAUAACAGUAGCUUGAUCUAGGAUUUUGAAUUCGGCUCUCGUGGAUUUUGCAAGGUCGGAUCACACUCGGCGCUUGCGCGUCUCAUGAGGUCCGAUCUGGCAAGAAUACAGCAUCCCCUAUUGUGCUACUGUUUUAAUAACCCUAUUAUUAUCCACAAUACUAGGCAACGGCUUAUUUUUCUAUUGUUUCUAUAUAUUCUAUAGUUUCUAACUAUUCUAUUACUUGACAAUAUCAUAUUAACUCGCCUAUGAAUUAACUUUUUUAUAUGUCUGAAACCAAGUUCAAAUCUUUUAGUAUGAAAAUAAUAGCUUACGACCAUUAUUUAUUUGUUUUAGUCGAGGCUUUUUUGGGACGGCAUGAAAUUUAAAUUAACAUGCAGAAAUGCAAAAUUACUACAUAUAAUUAAUGAAAAAAAAAUGCAAAUGCUUUACAUAUCUACGCUCCGGUGGUAAAGUAACAAAACAUUAACUGUAAAGAUUUAUUAAACACGAAUUUUUAGUUCGAUGGUGUCAUUAGAAUCGUGGUCAUUUACCAUACACAUUAUUUUAUAGACAAUGUCAGGUCAAAAUAAUUCUAAGUUUUGUUUUCACCAUUUGUUCAUGUGUACAACAACGCCUAACCCUUUGGGUAUACUGCGUUGGUGGUCAUCCAGAUUUAUGACUUUUUCAUGUGAGAAAAAUAUUAUUUUCACGCCCAACGCUCUGUUAGUAUAAAAAUUGUAUUCCACAGAGUAUAUGAUAUGAGCCGUGCCAUGGGAAAACCAACAUAGUGCCAUUGCGACCAGCAUGGAUCCAGACCAGCCUGCACAUCCGCGCAGUCUGGUCAGGAUCCAUGCUGUUCGCUUUCAAAGCCUAUUGGAAUUAGAGAAACUGUUAGCGAACAGCAUGGAUCCUGACGGUCUGAUUCCAUGCUGGUCGCAAACGCACUAUGUUGGUUAUCUCAUGGCGCGGCUCAUAUGUACAUUUAUGAAUAUGAAAUUUAUUAUGUACUCUAGCUUUAAUAUACAUUUAUGCUUGUAACAUUUUCAAACUAACUAGUUACAAAGUAAGCACACAAAGAAAUACAGUUUUCAUCAAGAAAAUAAACAUUUACAUCAUUCGGUGAUAUAUUACCCAUGUACUUGCUGGAGAUAUGUGUAUCUGAGAUUAUCUUAGAACUUAUACAGCACUUCCUUAUAUAAAGACCAUAAAUCAAAAAGAUGUUCUUUGUAAGAACAAAUUGGGAUUUAUAUAUUGUAUUGUUUUCUUUAUGUAUGUAAAAAGAUAUUUGUACAUGUAUAAUAAAAUAUAAUCAUA